AUGUCCAUUUUCAAUGUAGCAAAUCUCCCUCAAGAACUCUUAAUCAACAUCUUUUGCAGAUUACCUGCAAAAUCCAUAGGCCAAUUAAGGUGUGUAUCAAAUCCAUUAAAUUCUCUUCUCACUGAUAAACAAUUCCUCAAAAUUCACUUCACUAGUAGCCACUUUCAAGAACCUGAAAAACUCAUUCUUUUAUCAAUUUCCCACUCUUUUCACGCUAUAACCUUAAAAAAUAAUGGUAUUUUUUCAAAUUCCAUCAAUUUUAAGCAAACCCCAAGUGACCAAUUUGUUGAAAUCUGUGGAUCUUGUAAUGGGUUGGUCUUGAUUUUGAAUAAAGAUGACACUAUACUUUUAAUAAACCCCAUAACCCUAGAUUUCAAGAAAAUCCCAAAUUCCCCUUUUGCUCUUGAUCCAAUUGGUAGUUUUAGUAUGUAUGGAUUUGGGUAUGAUUAUGUGAAUGAUGAUUAUAAGAUUGUUGUGAUUUCUCGUUAUGACCAUGAUAAUGAAUAUGGGCCUGAUAUUUUAGACAUGUUUAUGGAUAUUUACUCAUUAAAAAUUGGAUCUUGGAAGAGGAUUAAGAGUUCACCUUAUGAUCAUGCUGUUCCUGAGCUUGCUUCUGGUGUUUUUGUGAAUGGUGCUUUGCAUUGGUUAGCUAGUAAAAUGCCUGAUUAUUCAUCUGUUAUUGGUACUUUUGUGUUGAGUGAUGAAGAGUUUGUUGAAGUUCCAGCUCCUAAAAGUCUUGAUAAAGAUAAAUUUGUGUUCAAUAAACUUGUGGUGCUUAAAGGGUGUCUUUGUAUGGUUGUUGAUAAUCCAGAGGGUAAUAGAAUUGAUGUUUGGAUGAUGAAAGAGUAUGGUGUGGAGGAAUCUUGGACAAAGUUUUGUGUUGAUGGAAUUGAUUUUUAUGACUUUUUGAAACCUUUAUGUUUUAUAAGAGAUGAUGAAGUUGUGGUGAAUGUGGAUGGGGAGAAGUUGAUGAUUUAUAAUUUGGAAGAAGAGAGAUCAAGGGACUUGGAAGUUGAUGGAAUUCUUGAUAGGUUUGAUAGUGUUGGAACUUUUGUGGAGAGUUUGGUAUCUCCCGCGGAUCCCAACUUGUUUGAAAUUGAGGCGUAGUUAUUGUUGUUAUACUCUUGUACUUCCUCAUUUCAAUAUUCCUAUUUCCAAGAAAUGAGGAGACAACUAAGGGGGGGGGGUGGAACGAUAUAAGUUUUUUCAACCUUAAUCAGAAGUAUCAGAUUCGAGUCUUUAGAAAGGAGUUCUUCUCGGUGGGGAACUAUGGAGUUUUUUCAACCUUUAUAAGAAGUAUCAGAUUUGAGCCUUCAAAAUGGAGUCCUUCUCGGUGGGAGCACUAAGAUCUCUCCGUAAUGGACUUUCUACGAUAUAAAUCUGAAUUAAUUGGAUCGGGAGCACUAAGAUCUCUCCGUAAUGGACUUUCUACGAUAUAAAUCUGAAUUAAUUGGACCAGUGACUUGUGGACAUUGAAUGCUCCAAGGGAAAAGAAAGUUGCGCUUGGAAGUAUUUUUGAAUCAAUCUAGAUGUUUCAUGUAUUGUACAUUAGUAGCAGUUUAAUCUUUUCUUCAUAUGUUUGAGAAAUUUUGUGGAGUGUCAUCACAAGGGGAAUAUAAUGUAUAUAGCGUGUUGUGCUUUGGAGUAUCUUGAAAUUUUAUGUUAUACUAUUAUAUACACAGAGUGUUGAG